AUGCCUGAAAAUUUAGACACCAACCAACGUGAAAUAGUGCCAUUUUCUGUACAGAAUGUAAUCCAUGACAUCAGCCUAGAUGCUAUAAAUAAUCACUCAGUAAUAGGUUCCUCAAGUGUGUUUGCCGAUCAAAAUGGUGUUUUAGAAGAGACAAGGGUACAGUGGGAUAUCAUUUCCGCUGAAGAUACACCUAUUCAUAUAAAUCAAAUUUCAAUGUGUCAUUCCAACAGAAGCUCUUCGACAGUGGAAGACGUAGGAACAAAUCCACCAAUUAUCAUCAACGAAGAACCGAACAAUAAUUUCAGUUCACAGUCUGGGUCCAAACGUAAAAGAAAUAAGGAACUUAGAAUGAAGGGUAUGGUUUAUACAGGAUUUAGGCGACCACGAAAUAAAAAAAGAACGUUUCAAGAUAUAGAAAGAGAAGAGCGGAAACAAGGCGAAAGGUGUAACUCAGAAACCUAUAAGAACAGCUCAAAAAGAAAAUGA